UCCCUCGUCUGUCCGCCCGGCCCGGGUGUCUCCCCGUCCAGCAUGGCCCUGAGAGCCCGCGCUCUGUACGAUUUCCGGGCGGAGAACCCGGGCGAGGUGUGCCUGCGGGAGUCGGAGGUGCUGAGCCUGUGCAGCGAUCAGGAUAUAGAGGGCUGGCUGGAGGGAGUGAACAGCCGGGGGGAUCGGGGGCUCUUCCCGGCCUCCUAUGUAGAGAUCCUGCGGGGGGAAGCGCUCAGCCCUCCUCCGCCUCCUCCACCCGUCGAUACCCGCUAUGCCAACCUCCCCCCUGGAGGAUACGAGCCUGCCCAGCCGCCCCCCACCUACCGGGCACAGGAGUCCUUCCAGGGGUUCUCCCGGCCCGGUGCCCUCCCCUACCAGCACAGCCAGCCCAGUGACGAUGAUUGGGAUGACGAAUGGGACGACAGCAGUUCCACGGCGGCGGAUGAGCCCGGUGGCGUUACCACCCCCGGUCACUAUGGAGGUGGUUUCCAUGACUACGAGAGCAGCAGGUACCGCAUGUCCACCCGUUCCGAGAUGCCCCCGGGCUCCUAUAACACCACCAGCUCCACCACGUCUGCCGCUAAGGGCACGGCCACCGUUGGCCGUAACCUGAACCGUUUUUCGGCCUUUGUAAAGAGCGGCGGCGAGGCGUUCGUUUUGGGGGAGGCGGCGGGCUUCAUUAGAGAUGGAGACAAGCUCUGCGUAGCCGAUGGUCCCCAUGGGCCUGAGUGGCAAGAGAAUCCCUACCCGUUCCAUUGCACCAUUGAUGAACCCACCAAGCAGACCAAAUUCAAGGGGAUGAAGAGCUACAUCUCCUACCGCCUGUUACCCAGUCACACCAACCUGCAAGUCUACCGCCGCUACAAGCACUUUGACUGGCUGUACGCCCGGCUGGUGGAGAAAUUUCCAGUCAUCUCUGUUCCACGCAUCCCAGAGAAACAAGCCACGGGCCGCUUCGAGGAGGACUUCAUCUCCAAGCGCAGGAAAGGCCUGAUUUGGUGGAUGGACCACAUGUGCAGUCACCCGGUGCUGUCUAGCUGUGACGCCUUCCAGCAUUUCCUUACCUGUACGGAUGAGAAAGCCUGGAAGCAGGGCAAGAGGAAGUGCGAGAAGGAUGAGAUGGUGGGAGCCAACUUCUUUCUAACUCUCAACACCAUGCCAGGAUCACCGGUGUUGGAACCCCAUGAGGUUGACGGAAAACUGGAUGCCUUCAAGGCGUUUGCCAAGAGGAUGGAUGAAGGCGUACUUCUGCUCAACCAAACAGCUGGAGAGUUUGCCCGUAAGCAAGCAUCGGGCUUCAAAAAGGAGUACCAGAAAGUUGGACAGGCUUUUAAAGGUUUGGGCCAAGCCUUUGAGAUUGACCAACAGGCCUUUUCAGCCGGUCUGAAUAUGGCGAUGUCCUUUACGGCGGAUGCCUACGAUGCUAUUGGGGAGAUGUUUGCUGAGCAGCCCCGUCAGGACCUGGAUCCAAUUAUGGACUUGCUGGCAGUCUACCAGGGCCACCUGGCCAACUUCCCUGACAUCAUCCAUGUUCAGAGAGGAGCGCUAACCAAAGUCCGCGAGAGCAAGAAGCACGUGGAAGAGGGCAAGAUGGAGCUUCAGAAAGCGAGCGACAUCCAAGAACGCUGUAACAUUAUCUCCUACGCCACCCUGGCAGAAAUCCAGCACUUUCACAAAAUCCGCGUGCGGGACUUCAAAUCACAAAUGCAGCAUUUCCUACAGCAACAGAUAAUGUUCUAUCAAAAAGUGACGCUAAAGUUGGAGGAGGCGCUACAGAAAUACGACGCAGCCUAGCGGUCACUUCAGAGACUCUGAACAUUUUUCUCUUCGUUUUCGGGGAAGUAUAAAUCCGGGGGUUGUAGUCGCCCCCCCAACACAAGUUACAACCUGUUGCCAAUAAUUGGCGGUGGUACACGAAUGGUCGUACAUUUAUUUUUUAGUAUACUGUGACGCAGAAAACAACAUUGGAACCAUGGUAUAAUAGUUCCACAUAGAUCCAGCAUAGCACAUUUAUAUUUAAAUUAUAUUAUCUAAGCUUACACUACCAUUGUACCUGUGUUGUGGAGUUUCAAGUAUGCAGAUUUGCCUUACCGUUACCUGGGAUUAUGAUUUCACAGUGCAUACUUUGGGUGGACUAAUUAACACAUGAAAUGUCAUCAGUUGCCUUUUUUAUUACAUUUUGGAUUGAACAAAUCCUCUGUUUACAGAACUUCUACUUGAGCAACUUUUCUUGUGCCUUCUUAAACAUCCUUUUUUUUUUCUAGUAAUAAAUUCAUAUUUUAUCACA